AUGCCGCUGCAAGGGACCCUCCUGAUCACCCUGAUCACAAUCGCAUCGUCGUGCGGCUUCCUCCUGUUUGGUUACGACAAUGGCGUCUUCUCCGGCAUCAUCGUGCUCCCCUGGUUCCUGCGCACGUUCAACAAGCCAAGCUCUCAGCUGCUCGGCACCGUGAGCGCCAUGUACAACAUUGGCGGCUUCCUGGGCAGCCUGGUGGCUUUCUUUAUCGGGGCACCGCUGGGUCGUCGCCGGACCAUCCUCACGGGUCUACUGAUCUGUACCAUCGGCGCAAUUGUCCAAUGUCUCUCCAUGGAUCUAGCUGAGUUGGUGGCCGGCCGGAUCGUUUGCGGAUUGGGAGUGGGGAUUAUGACAUCUACCGUCGGUCUGUGGCAGGCAGAGGUUGUCCCUCCGCGGUCUCUGAUUACCAUGGGUCCUACGCAGAACUUGCGCCGUCUAGGACUCGCCUGCGGGACGAUGAUCAUGCACCAGCUGGGCGGCAUCAACUCCGUUACUUAUUACAUGCCUACACUUCUCGAGACAUUCAUGGGAGCAUCCCACACCAAAUCCUUGUGGAUUGCCGGGCUGAGCUCCCUGACCUCGAUGAUAUGCGCUCUCGUGCCGGUCUUCACCAUCGACCGCGUUGGCCGUCGGAUCUUCCUCUGGGGUGGGGCUAUCUGGCAACUCGUCAUGUUCGUGAUUAUCUCGGUCAUCCUGGCAAAGGCCGAGGAGCCGUCCUCCUCUCCGUCUUCUCAGAACACUCUUGGCACCACUGCCGUUGUGAUGUUCUUCCUUUUCUACGGUGGCAAUGCCAUGACUUGGUUGGGUCCAUCGUGGGCGUAUCCGACAGAGAUUCUGCCUCUGCAGAUCCGUGAAAAAGGUCUCGCACUGGGGAACAUCUGUUACUGGCUUUUCCAGUUCUUGAUCGUGGAAGUCGCGCCCAUCGCGAUCACCAACAUGAAAUACCGGUUCUACAUCAUCUUGGCUGUUCUCAACACCUUCAACGCUGUGGUCGUCUAUUUCUGGUUCCCGGAGACAAAGGGAUUGUCUCUUGAAGAGAUCGACUUUUACUUUGCGGAGAAGUAUGGCUUUCAGGAAUCCCGAGAGCUGGGACAGUCGUCAAAGAACGCUACGGAGGAGGUCGAAGAUGUACGCAGCACUUGA